AUGUAUGCUUCCGGCUGCUGCUCGUCUACGGUGCCAUCGUUGCAGCCACCCCUCCCCAUGUCGCCGCCAGAGUUCCUCGACUUGUACGGCAAGCGCCGAGAGCUCGCCAAGAUUCAGAUCCUGGAAAAAGAGAUUGGGUUUCUUGAGGAGGAAUUUAAAUCCAUUGAAGGCCUUCCACCUGCUUCAAUACUCGACAAAGAGGUUGCUAAUUUUGUGGUCCCAAACCCAGAUCCUUUAAUGCCCAAAAAUCAUGAGAGUCGUAAAGCUUGUCGCUUCUGGAAGUGGCUCUGUGGGAUAUCCUGUUUCAAAUCCUCAUGGAUUUGCUGCUGUGUCGAUUGUUCUCUUCAUCUGGAAAGACCAAAUUGUUGUGACUACAAACUCCGUCGCUGCAAUCCAUUAAACUUUUGCGACUACAAUUCUUGCAAUUGCCCUUCUUACAUCAAAUGCUCGUUGCCAAAGUACAGAUGCAGGUGGAGGUGUUUCUCUUGGCCUUCCUGCUCCCGCCGCUUUAAGAUCUCUUGGAGAGACUGGGGCUUGUGA